ACUCAUAAGAAAUGUAUGUGUUAAGCUGUUUAUGUCCUGUCAGUACAUGAGAAGUCAGAAGUAAUGCGUUCUUGGUUUGUCGGUUAGAAAUCGUGAGCACCAUUGUAUUUAAAUGGUUCUUUGAACUAAUACAUGGCUUGGGUAAAACAGCCUAUUAGAUUUCAAAAUUCGAAAAUAAAUUUACUGAAGAUGCUCCUUCCCCCAACAAUUUUCAAAACAGGGAUUAUAAAACAAAACUAAAUCCAAGUUCAUCUUUUUUAAGUAGCCGCUAAGAUGCAUCCCAACUUUCAAGAAGUUAAACCAUGGCAAAGCAUCCUUAAUAUGCCUAAUUGGACUGCAAGAUGGAAGCAAAAAUCUCAUAAUAGGCAGCAUCUUGCUUAAUAGCGAUUCACAACCCGUUAUCAGGGACUGGUUUUUAAGAGAUUUUUAGAAGAUACUUGCCGUGUCAUAUUGCUAGAAAAUCUUGUUGUAACAGUUCGCUAUUGAAGCCACAUUAUCUUAUCACAAGCAUGUGCAUCGACAAAUUCUUUCUUGGGAUGAAACGUUGUGAAUGGCAUCUAUUUACCAUCUGUUUACAAUUUUUUUUUUCCAUUUAUAAGGCAGAAUGAUCCAAUCUCAUCGAAUCAUCUGACAUUUUUCUUUGGCUCUUUACUGCUAACACUACACUGUGUUUUAUUUUAGGAUAAGAAUUGCUGUCUUAUGUCCUUAACAAGUAAUCACCUGAACCUGUGUUUCCAUAUUACAUAUGGUUGGAGAAUUGGAGGUUCUGGAAUUGAAGUUAUGUGCCAUGGUGCGUCAAGACAUCAACAUGCUGCCAGGAUAAGAGUCGCUGAAACUCCUAUAAAAUUUGGUUGAAUUGUUAUUGCCCUUAGCUGACCUUUUGGAUGUAUGGAGGACUUCCAUAGCUGCUUUGACAUCUUGUUUCCACUGUUCUCACUUUCUGAUGUUGGUUAUAGAAGUAUCCUAGUAUGCUAUGUUAAAACAGGGACAGAUCAAGAUGGCAAAAUUAUCAUGAAGGAAAUUGCUCAAAAUAUUGAAACGGUGAUGCCACUUCGAUUCUUUGUCAGCAGGGAAGUACUUUCACAAUCAUUUCCUUCUCAGAUGCGACGUUUAGUUGCAGAUUUUACAUCAACAUUGAGGACCAGGGAAAGCAUCCAUGAAUUGUACCUAUCUUUAAGAACAUUGCUUAAUUUUGAUUCUGAAUCCAUGAGCAUUUGCUGGUUGCUAAUGGUCAUCAGGUCACAUUGCUGGGAAGCCUGGUGGACAAAAUUACCAUUCUGUGGCUGUCUUUAACAACUGAGCGGGUACAUCCUCUUGUCAGCUCAGCAUAUCAUGUCAAGUUCAAGCUGAGCAAUAGCAACUGUUAUGAUAGGUUAAGGAACACAAGCUAGAACUCAUGAUUCCAUAUUACUAUAGCCUAUAACUGCUAAGUGACCAGAGGAAAUAUACCGUCUUCAAAUGGCAAACCCUCGAAUGAAGUCCUCGUUGCUUGGUCAUGAGUUAUACAUGGAAAUCCCACAUGACAUAAAUGUUCUUGUUUUAAAAAUUUUCUUAACCAACUAUUGCACAAUCAGUUUCUGCAACAUGAUAUUUUG